AAAAAUAUGUGCAAAUAUUAUGCCACAAAUUGUCAACUGACAAAUUUUUAACAACUUUUAUAUUUCAUGAUAUGAUAAACAUAUUUCAGUGUAAUUUGUACCUAACAUAUAUUUAAUAACUUUUAAUUUAUAAGAAGUCUUUUUCUUUCGCGCAAGUAUGGUUGCCAUGUAUCUAGUGUUUGAAAAUCUUGAAGGACCGACCAGACAAAAUCAAUAUUUCUCCAAUGGCAACAGUAUUACACAGAAUGUAGUCAAGUUAAGAAAAGAAAACUAUGGAACAGGCGCCAUGGGCAGUAUCAACCAUGUUCAACAGACAAGUUCAAAGAAAUGCCAUACUGUCUCUCUUCUUACAGAAACACCCAGCCCUUCAAGUGCCUUGGAAGCAAAUUUCACACUAGACACGGAUAUAACUUUAGUCAACUCCCAAGAAAAUAGCGAAAAUGACAAUGGACGACUUCCCGACGUUGUUGUAGAAAUGAAGGUUUUCGAAGAGCAUGAAGAACAAAUUCAAGAAACUUAUUUAUCUAUAGCUAUACAAGUUUUUAUUCCUUUCCUGAUAGCUGGGUUUGGAAUGGUUUUUGCUGGAUUAGUAUUAGAUAAAAUUCAACACUGGCCAGUAUUUGAAGAAAUAACGGAACUAGUUAUAUUAAUUCCUGCUCUUUUAGGACUGAAAGGUAAUUUAGAAAUGACGUUAGCAUCACGUCUUUCAACACAAGCUAAUUUAGGUCACAUGGAUACAGCUAAACAAAAAUUAAAUAUUAUCGUAGGAAAUUUAACGUUGAUACAGUGUCAAGCGAUAGUUGUUGGUUUUCUGGGUGCCCUAGUUGCUGUAGUAAUGGGUGGAAUAAAGAGUAACGAAGUUGAACUGGACCAUGUUUAUUUAUUAUGUGCCAGUAGUUUAGUAACAGUCUCAAUAGCAAGUUUUGUAUUGGGACUCAUCACAGCAGGAGUUAUAGUUCUUUCUAGAUACUGCCACAUUAAUCCUGAUAACGUGGCAACUCCAAUAGCAGCCAGCUUAGGAGAUAUUACUUCACUCACAUUGUUGUCAUGGGUGGCUACAUUAUUAUAUGAAUCAAUAGGUACUCAGGAUUGGUUAGCUCCAGUGAUAAUAGCAGCAUACAUUUUAGCAAUACCAUUAUGGGUUUGGAUAGCCAAACGAAAUUUACAAACGAGGGAUGUUUUGUAUAAUGGAUGGACGCCAGUUAUGGGUGCCAUGAUGAUUAGUUCAAUAGGAGGUCUAAUUCUGGAUUUCAUGGUUUCAAGAUUUGAAAGUAUUGCAGUCUUCCAACCAGUAAUAAAUGGUGUAGGUGGUAAUUUAGUGGCUGUUCAAGCUAGCAGAAUAUCAACAGCUCUUCAUAAACAAGCAGAACUUGGAAUACUGGCGUCAGAUAAUAACUUAGAUGAGGACGCUGUUAUAUUCAUAUCACCUCUUACUUGUUUCUGUGGAAAGGGAACACAUUCAAGAACUACAAGAGUUCUUAUGGCAAUGGUCAUACCAGGUCACCUAAUUUUCAUUUACACAAUUGAUUAUAUUAAAAACGGUGACACGUCCCUCAGUUCGUGGUUUGUGAUGGUUUAUUUAUGUGCUGCUAUUAUGCAAGUGGCAACAUUACUGUACAUAGCAUAUAUAAUGAUUCAUUGGAUGUGGAGAAGAAAAAUAGACCCUGACAACUCAGCAAUACCUUAUUUAACAUCGACAGGAGAUCUACUAGGAAUAUCUUUAUUAGCAAUUGCUUUUCAAUUCUUGUAUCUGAUUUCUGAUCAUGAUCCUGAAACGCUAGCAAGUUGAUUGAAUUUGAAUACUUUGAUAUUAAAAGAAACCAAUGAGUUUUUGACAUAAGUACAUCUUGUGAUACAUUUAAUGAUUUUUGACUAUUGACAUUACAAAUGUAAAGAAAUAUAGAAUGAAUUUUAAGUAAGAGUUUAUGGUAAAUAAUAACUUAGAAGAUGGCAAAAAUUGUUUCAUAAGUUCAUGGCUGUAUUUUUGUUAAUUAUACAUUUUAUUUUUACAUGAAAAUCUAUUAUUUGAAACCUCUAUGUACUCAAACAAUAUGGUGGGUAUCUUGAAGUAAAUGUCAUCAAAUAACGGGUUGAAGCCCAAGACCCCAUUUCUAUAAUGUAAAAAAGUUAUGGACGUCAAAAGUAUAAAUGGAGUGCGCAUCUUGAGCGCCUAAGCUUACAAUAUGAGGACUUCGUGAAAACUUUCUGUUUUGAAAAACUAUUUCAUAAUGAACUAGCGUACCAUUUAAUAUGAGAUUGAUUUUUGUAAAUCUAUGGUAAUUUUUUCACAAAAUUGACUUGCACUUGGCACUUUCGCUGUAGCGACAGUUUCGGUAUUGUGAAAGUGACUUGAUUCGUCGUUAUUGCUUGAAUUUGUGUGAAGCCUGCUCUCACUCAACAAUAUUUUAAAGAAGAAGAGGGCGCACAGGGGUGUUAGUAUACGCUAAAAUCUGUGUAAUCAGGCCUUAAGAUUAACUUAUUGUAGGGUUGCAUAACUUGCUUUUCUUUUUAGCCUUAAGAACGUUGACAGAAUAUUUUUCGAGAAUAAUUUAGAAGAGGUUAGGGUUGUUCCAAAUAGAAUGUGUUAGAUAAAAGCAUUUUAAGUUAAAUAAAA